CUGAAAAACUGACCUGAUAGCCUCUCAGCUUCGAACCAGUUGCAAAAACCCUAAUCUCAGAGUUCGCUACGGCCUAGGGUUCCGUCAAAACUAACCAGUACUUCACCGGCGGAACACCGAGCCAUCGGCCAACCGGCAGAGAGCAUCACCGCAAAUGGACUUCGACGAGUACGAUUAUCUGGAGAAGACUGUGGAAGAGACUAACGGUACUUCUACGAAGAGCAAAGACAAAGACAAUAACAGCAGCGCCGAGAAGGAGAAGAGCGAGAAAGGCUAUCGUCGAAGGGAGAGAGAUGGAAGUGAGGAAUACGCCGACGACGACAAUAGAGAGCGCCGGAGCAGCAAAAAGUCUCGCGGCGACGGCGAAAGCAUCAGAGAGAAGGAUAAGGAGAGAGAUAGGGAAAGGUCAUCGAGGCAUCGGAGUAGGGAACGGGAAUCUGAGAGAGACAAAGAGAGAAGCUCAAAAGACCGUGACAGAGAGAAGAGGGAAAAGGAGAAAGAGAAAGAGAGGGAUAGAGACAGGGAGAAGGAGAAGGAACGUGAUAGAGAUAGGAAGAGUAGAGAUCGGGAUAGAGAUAGAGAUAAGGAGCGAGAGAAGGAGAAAGAUAGAGAGAGGGAGAGGUCAAGGAGGAGCCGUAGUCGCUCGAGGAUUGAGCGAGAGCGAGAGAAAGAGAUGUUGAGAGACAGCGAGCGUGACUUUGAAUCACGGGACAGCAGGUUCAAACGGAGAAGGCAAUUUAAAGUGGUCUAAGUGCGUAAAAGAGUGUCAGUUUAUCCACAAAGAAUGUAAUAUUCUGACUUGGGUUGAAAUCGUAGAUGGAUUGUUUCCACAUCUUAAUGGGCUAACAAUGCGGAAACCCUUCAAGGCUUGAUUGAAGAAGUGGCUUAUUCCCACAUAUAUUGAGUAUGAUAAGGUUGGCAACGCAUAUGGUGUGAGGCUGUAUCAGUUUUUCAACCUUUUCUUCUGUUCGAAGACGAAAAUACAUUAACCCUAUAUGUGAUUCUUUUUUGUGAAAGCAGGGAAAAGUCUCAAAAUUUUGGUGCUGGGCAGCGAAUAAUGUCACAACACAUACUGCAUUCAUAUUCUUAACUUGAAGUUUAUACUUGGAGAUGCUUCAAAAGUUCAAAUUAUCUUCUAGAAUUUGCUCUAUUUGUACUUGUUUUCUUUUUCUCUGGGAAUGUUGUGUUUUACUGGUGGUUGGAAUUCUAUUUGCUUCCUGUUUAGAUAUAAAAGACGAAACUCAUUUGGGUCCUUGAGCAUUUAUGAGGAGAUCGUGCUAUAUUCGGCUAAACAAGUAGAUAAAUGAAGUUUACAUUUUCAAGUAGCCUAUCGGCCUAUCCAAAACUUUAGAAUCUUGUUGACUUCUUCCACAUUUGUCUCAAAAGGGCUUGCCUUGAUGAUCUAUCCUGCUGCAGUAGCUACUCCAUCUAAUUGAAAAGAGGUGAAAUUUAGCACAGCAAGGGAGGCUUUAGAGGAUGAUGAUUCAUCAUGUCAUAAUGUAAUUUGUAGCAUGUCCAUGUAUUUAUGCAAG